UUAAAAUAUAAUAGAUAUAUUUUAGCAUUUUUAUAAUUCUAAUUUAAUUUUUUUAUUGAAUAUUUUUAUUUUUGUAUUUAUAUUGUUUUGGAAAAAAAAGAAAUUUUUUUUAUCCUCCCGCAACCGCCCGCAACCGCAAACGCUAGCUGGAACCAACUUUUGAAUUUUUGAAGUUCAGAACGGUUUGGAACGGUUUGAAGCGGUUUGAACGAUUGUUGCAAAACUCCAACAACCGCUACCAACCGCAAAAGCUGCGUUUGCGGGUGGUAGCGGGAAAACCAGUCAUAUCCUUAAUCGAUUGUUAAAAACGCAGAACAAGUUUUUCUGGUAUCAAUGUAUUGGGAAAAUCCAACCUAAUUUCGGUAUGGAUUUCAUAAAUGAUUUCUGGUGAAGUCACAUUUGACUGAUCAUAUUUUUAAUGGUUUAGAUCUGUUUUUCAAAAGCUUCUUUAGGCUUUUUUGAAACGAUAUAUCCUAUCAAUUUUUUGUUAUUGUCUUUAACAGGCCAUAUUGAAUAAAAGUAAGUUUUCGACAAAAAAAAAAUAUCUCAAAGAAAACGUUAAUUUUAUGUUUAGUUCGUAUUGUUUCAUUGUUUUUUUGUGAACUUAAGCUUUCAUUGCUAUCUUAAUCUCCAAGAAUGGAGUAAAAGUUCAAUACAAAUGAAAAUGAAACGAUAGCCAAGAUAGCCAAGAUAGCCAAAAGAACGAUAGCUACAAAAGCAAUAUCGAAACUGAAAGUACGGUAGAUAGGAACAGUAUUCACACAAGCCCAACACUGAACAUGAAGCAGUCCUCUAUAAUCGACGUUGAUGUUGGAGCUGAGAAUAAGAAUGCCAUGGAUACUAAGCAAGCGCACAAGAUGCUUCUAAGCCUUGAGAACACAGCCAUCCUCAAUCAAGGAGGAGGUAGAAGAGCAUAACUGGAUUGGACCGUUAUGUAGAGAGGCUUCAAAAGCGACGAAGCAUAGCUUACUCAUUUCACCAAGAAAUGCACAUGGAACUCUAGUAGCAGCAAGGUAAACUUGAUUCCCUGAAAAAAGGAUGAAACUCUCCCCAAGGGAGUAAUAUUCCAAACACAACCAUGGCCAACUAGAAACGGGAAACUUGAGAACUACUAAAGCAAAACAAUUUGCAGUUAUAACUAUCAGAGGUUUAGGAUCCCGUCGAGACAGCUUGAUCAAUCUAUUACCAGCCGGAGAAACAUAAUAAACUUGCGCGAGUUAAUCCGAAAACAUCUUUGUUGUUGACUGGUUGGUCCGUCAGGCAAACUGAUGCACAUCACUUUCAUAAAAGCCUUGUAUUCCCAUGUUCGUAUUGAGGUGAUGCGGUUCCUUAUUUCCACUAGUUUGACAAUGAUUGAUGGUGUCGAAAGGACUUCAUAAUGUCUUCUUUUGUUUAUCCCUUUAAGAGAUGUUAGAGAGUUUAUAAGAGGUGUUAGGACUAACUGAGAGUUUUUGCUGCACUUGCUUCAGCCGAAUUUCUUCACUCGAGCUUCUUCAGCUUGGAGUUUUGAUCGGCAUUCAAAAUACUUUCUCAAAAGCAAAGCUUGAUAUUCAAAAUACUUUACUGAUCACCGGAAUAACAACACCAAAUUCUUGGUUUAUAUUGUGACUCAAUUCUUGAUAUGUCAUUUGUAUUAAGAACGAUUAGUUACAAAACAUAUUAUGUAAUCAAAAUCUAUAACUUAAUGGAUAUAUUAAAAUAAACUUCAACAAAUAGGAUCUAUUCGGAAUAUCCAUGGAUAGAGAAGGACGACUAAGCUUAUAUCAUGAAAGGGCAGCUAUGAAUUAAGGAAAAUAAAUAAAUUAUAUUCUUAAUUAUUUAGUACUUACUAAUAGUUGUAAAGCACACGGACUCUUUAACUAAAAUAUUUAAAAUAACAUCUCAAGUGUUGCGCCCAUGUGAUGUACUAUAUUUCAUCUCUAUAAAUAGACCAAAUGUUCCAAGAGGUUACAUGCAUCGACACAUAAUACAUACUCGCCUCGACUAUAUAUUAUAAACAAUAAAUUUAUUUUUCUAAUUCUCGUUUCGGGUUUUUAAUCAAUGGCGAGAAUUAAUGUUUACCUUUUUGCAUUUAUGUUGCUUUUGACUAUUAAACAAGAGCUCGGUUCCGUUGAAGGCCGAACACUCACCACGUCCACCAUGGGGACGGCUGAGGAAAUCAGCGCUGAUGGCUCUGUGCCGCUAUUACCACCGGCUGAGCCACUUCAGCCGCCACCGAGCCACGGGGUUGAUACCUUUAGGCCCACGGUACCUGGACAUAGCCCUGGUAUUGGACAUUCCGUACACAACUAACGGAGAUGGACAAUGGCAUGGUUUAUGUGAUUAUAAAUCAAUGUUUUCUUAAUAUAUGGUACCUUAUUGAACAUAAGCUUGUGCUUAUGUUGUUGUUGGUGUUGGCUUUUUUUUCUGAAUGUGAAUUCUUAUUUAAUAUAUGUACUGGCUCGUCAUAUUCAGUUUCUUGCAAGUGUGUGAUUGUAAUAAUGUUUAGUUAAACCGUGUUUUUCAAUUUAUCAGCUUUUUUUUUGUUUAGAAGAAAUUAUCAGCUUUUUCUCAUACAUUUUCUACUUUAAAACCAUGUCUAUCAAUUGAGACAUCUCUUCACUGAACUGAACCAUACGAAACUAAACAUAACUUUAACCGGUGCAUGGAUCAGAUAACCUUACUAUUGGUCCUUCCAGUAGACCAUGUUAACCAAAUAAGGAAAAAAGAGAGAGAGAGAGAGAGAGAGAAAAAAACUCUAUCCGCAAACCGAUUUACAGAAAAAUGAUUUCUUGUUUAUCUUCGAAAUCGGUACGCUAUAAUUUCAUUCUUAAAAUAAUUCCCACAUUAUAGAAAAACGUCUCUUUGUUUCUGAAUUUAACCUAGACAUUUACUUGUAUCUUGCAUGUUUUUUUGUGGGGUGUCAAACGCUGAUUUCAUUGAAAUUCACCAAAGUUACUUUGCUACGAAUAUUUUUCAUGGUCAACUUUAAAAUUUGGAGAAGAUUUAUACGGAAGUAAAUAUUUAAGAAAUAUUUUAUGUAUUUAUAUAGUAAAAGAUGGGUGUCUACGUAAUUCAAAGAAAAAGAUACAUAAGAUAGAAAACUGUAACUUAUAAGAAACAUAAUAAAUGGCAAAUCGUGACCUUUUAACAAUAUUAGAUAAUUAUAGCUACUAUACAAAGAUAUGUUUUAAUAGAAAACAUAUGUAUAUGAGCUUUAAAAAGACAACGGACUUUUCAAAUAGAGAACCGGCUCUGAGUUUUAGAAGAUUGUAAGUUAGAAAAAAAAUUAUACGGAUUUACAAUAUGAAGUUUCGAAUUGAUGCCCGGUUGCAAAAGUUUUUUUUAGUUUUGGCAGUAACCUAAAAAGAUUGUAUACAGUUUAAGAACUAACUGUAGUUUAAAAAGGGCCGCAAGUACGAACUUGUCCAUUUUAAGAACCAUUAAGAGCAUCUCCAAUGUAUAUCUCUAUAUUUUUCUCUAAAAUAAAGAUUUCUAUUAUAGAGGUGGAUUUGCUCUAAUGUAUGCCUCUAUAAUAGAGUUCCUCUAUUUAUAUGGGGAAAUAUAGAGGUAAAAAGUAGGAUUCCUUUAUAUUUUCCUUUAAAAUAGAGAAACUCUAUUAUAGAGGCAUACAUUGGAGCAAAUCCACCUCUAUAAUAGAAUUUCUUUAUUUUAGGAGAAAAUAUAGAGAUAAAAAUAGAGGUGGGUUGGAGAUGGUUUAAUGUACAUAAUAAGGAAAGCCACAUCAAAACUGUGGUUUCUGUUAAUUUUUCCACAGCUUUUCUUUUCAGUCUGUUGAAAAAUCCGUAGCCAAUAUAUAACAUAGAGUUUACAUGUUAAAAUGAAAUCUGGACUAAGUUAAAAUUGCUUAAAAAUAUAUUUUAAUUAUAACAAGCGGAAGAAUGUGUUAAAGAAUACUGGUGAAACGUAUAUAUGAUGAUGAGAAUUUGGUUUUCUUAUAAUUUUCUAGUUUGAUUUUCUAUUCCUAGAAACAACGAAACAACCAUAAAUAAUAAGGUUUAUAAGAAUAAAAAUGAAACCGGCUAGAGAUCUUCUGUAUAGCAGAAAUUAAGAGUAGUUUAUGGGCUGAGACACAACUUAGCGAUGCAACAACUUCAGAAGAGAAACCGAACCAACAAAUGGGAAAUGUUAUAUGGUAUUAUAUAUGAGGAUGUAAUCUGAAGAGAACAAGAUAUUUUUA